CCGAUAUUUAUGUCGAGUAUUCUUGAGUUCGCUUUGCACUCUGGGAGGUUUGUCCUCUUCAGAUGUCAUUGUAAAUUCUACUGUAUUUGAAAAGUAAUAUAAAAUCGGUAUGUCUGGAUACACAGCGGAUGAAAAACUCCGCUUUGAGCAGUUAGCAAAGCUUCGGCGGCAAUGGCUUAAAGAUCAGGAGCUCAGCCCUCGAGAGCCCGUCACUGCACCCAAAACACCCGGCCGCAUCGAGCGAUUCUGGGCUGGAUUCCUGGAGCCCAAGACACUCUGGAGACUUUAUACAUUUAAAGCCUAUAAUGCCAGUGUUUUUGCCAUCACGCGGAUUCUGAUCCCAGCCUGGGUCGUGCAUUACUAUAUGAAGUACCACGUCGCUAAAAGGCCAUAUGGAAUUGUUGAGCUAAAACCCAGACUGUUUCCUGGAGACACAAUUUUGGAAACAGGGGAAGUUGUCCCAGAUCUUCCUGAAGCAGAGGGUCAUGGUCAUCAUUAAAGAUGACCAUGAUGACUGUUUCACUGGUUGUAAAAUUAAUGUUUGAGUGAAUACUAUGUCAAUAAAAUUUAUUAUACAGA